CAACUGUAUUAAAUAUUCAAGGUGGACUUAAAACAUAUUGUGAAACUAGAUGGACAUCUAUAUAUGAAACUGUUGCUUCAAUUUCAAAUUUUCAGAUUGCUUUAGAAUAUGUAUUAUUAAAUGAAGCUAAUGAAAUUAAAACAAUAAUUAUUCUUGAAAGUGCAAGUGCGAAUCUUGCAAAUUGUUUUUUUCAGCUAAUUUUAUUAGCUAAUGCUAUUAAAAAGUUACCUAUUCAAGGAAUGCAAGAAUUUCGACAACAUAGUAUUAAUGUAUUUAAUAAAUAUUGGAAAAAAUUUGAUCCAAAUAUUUAUAUAUUAGCAUAUUUUUUACAUCCAGCUUUUCGUG